AUGAGUUUCCGCGGAGGCGGAACGGCGGGGGGAAGCGCGCGCAAGGGCCCGCAAUACGUGCGCCACAUCCCCAAGUUCCUGCAGGUGCUGCUUCCACCUGUGCGCAACCCCCGCCUGCUGCGCUUCCGCACUUGCGCGACUCCCGCCUGCCGCACCUUUCCGCCUCUUCCGCCUGCCAUACCCACUUACCCCAUCAAGAGGCGCGAGCGAAGGGCGGAAGGCCGUUCAGCUGCUUCCACAUGCAAUCCGCUCCCCCCCCCCUCCCCUCCCCUCCCAAUCACCCCCCUGCUCCCCUCCUCCCCCCCAUCCAAGUAUGAGCAUUUGAUCGAGAAGCGUGAGGGGCAGAAAGUGGUGCGGGAUAUGGGGGGAGGGGAGGGCGAGGGGGAGGGAGAGGGGGAAGGGGGAGAGGGAGGAGGAGGGGGAGGAGGAGGGGGAGUUAUGGGGGGAGCAGGAGGAGGAGGGCAGAGCGCACAUGAUGAUGACGGUGAGUGGGGGAUGGGGACUGGGCAGGCAGCAGGAGGGCAGAGCGCACAUGAUCGGAUGGGGAUUGGGGUGGGGAUUGGGGUGCGGAUGGGGGUGGGAUGGGGGUGGGAUGGGGGUGGGAUGGGGGUGGGAUGGGGGUGGGAUGGGGGUGGGAUGGGGGUGGGAUGGGGAUGGGAUGGGGGUGGGAUGGGGGUGGGAUGGGGGUGGGAUGGGGGUUGCAGGCAAGGGGAAGGGGAGGAGGCGACAAGGGAGACAGAGUGGGAGGCAGCAGGAGGGCAGAUGGCACAUGAUGAUGAUGGUGAGUGGUUGGUGGUGAUGGGGGAGCUUCAAGGCGCAACGAUUGUCUAUGACGAGCGCGAGGGGGGAGCCGGGGGAGCAGGGAGAGAAGGGGAGGACGGGGAAGCAGCACUGACAGCGACUGAGUUGAAGGAACAGGGGAAUGCAGCAUUUUCCAGAGGCGAGUACGAGGAGGCAGUGGGGCUCUUCACUCGAGCCAUUCAAGUGGACCCUAGCUCCAGUGUACUCUUCAGUAACCGAUCAGCGGCCCAUGCAGCCAUGAAGAACUUUCAGCAGGCGUUGCACGAUGGCAGGAAGGCUCUGCAGCUGCAGCCGCGGUGGGCUAAGGCGUACUCUCGCAUUGCAGUGGCGCAUUAUGGGAUGAAACAGUACGUAGAGGCAGCAGCAGCAUACGAGAAGGGGCUGAAGUGUGACCCACUCAGCACCGUGUGCAAGCAAGGGCUGCAACAGGCACGGGAGAGGUGGCAGCAGGAGGAUGAGAAAGAGGCCAAGACCGGGAAGCACACGUUUCGCAAGCGGAAAGCAGCAGAGGGAGGCACGAAAGGGGAGGGGAAGGAGGGAGAUGCACCAAGUGGGAAGAACCAAAAGAAGGCGAGUGGAGGGCAGGGGACAACACAAAAAGGGGCUGGCUCACUGCUUUCCUUCGACGACGAGGCUGAGUUUGAAUAG